AUGCAGGCUAUUGAAAUUCCAGAAACUAAAAAUCAAACACUCGUCACAGAAUUCAUCCUGUUGGGAUUUAGGCAUCUUCAGGACAUGAAGACUGCUGUUCUGCUGAUCUUUCUUGUGAUCUACAUAUCAACCAUGACUGGAAAUGUUCUCAUUGUUGUACUGGUUGUGGCUGAUCGACACCUUCAUACACCCAUGUAUUUCUUUCUGUGGAAUUUAUCGUGCUUGGAGACCUUCUACAGUUCAGCUAUUUUACCCAGAAUUCUGAGUAGUUUACUGACUGGAGACAGAACCAUUUCAGUGGAUGGUUGUUUUGUGCAACAUUAUUUCUUCGCAUGUCUAGCAGCUGUGGAAUGUUAUCUUCUUUCUGUAAUGUCCUAUGAUCGAUAUUUGGCUAUAUGCAAACCUCUUCAUUAUGUAACACUUAUGAAUAGCAAGUUAUGUCUGCAAAUGGCAGCUGGAUCUUGGUUAACAGGAUUUCUUGCUAGUACAACAACAAUUAUUUUAAUGUCACAGUUAGUCUUCUGUGGCCCCAAUGUGAUCGACCAUUUCUUUUGUGAUACCUUUCCAGUUCUACAGCUGUCCUGCAGCAACACAGUUCUUUUAAGGAUACUGAUUUUAAUUUUUGUAUCUAUAUUCACCCUUCCUCCUUUUACACUAACUUUAAUGUCAUAUAUCCACAUAAUCACAGCAGUCCUUAAAAUCCCAUCUGUUACUGGAAGGAAAAAGGCCUUUUCUACUUGUUCAUCACACCUCAUUGUGGUAACUAUUUUCUAUGGCACAAUAGCCACAGCAUACUCGUUACCACACUCCAGCACCCUGGGAGACCUGAACAAAGUUUUUUCGGGCUUUUAUACCAUCCUAACACCUCUGGUCAACCCUCUCAUAUAUAGCCUGAGAAACAGAGAUGUGAGAGAGUCUCUUCAGAGAUCUGUAGUUGUCGCAUGGGUCAGAACUCAGGUAAUGGAUCAUAAAAGUAGGUUUCUGCAGACAAGGAGAUCAUGA